UCCAGUUUGCUGUGGGCAGAGAGUCACAUUUUUCUUUUUAACUUUGACAUCUACACACCACUAGCACAAGCUCUUCUUUCUAUCUUUUUGCAUUGCGUUUUUGCUCAUCUGUCAGUUUACUUAUUCAUGUUUAACCACUUGUUUAUAGCUAAAUUUCUUGCUUUUGCUCUCUAUUAUCUGUAAAUCUUUGCUUCGUUUUAUUGUCUUCUCAUUCUACAUCUCUGAGUCUAGCUUUACCUGAUGCAAAUUGCAGUUUUUGGUUAUAUGAGAUGGAGUCAAGGCAUCAUGGACUUCGACCUCUAAGACCCACAAGCCUACCAAUGCCAUUCUUAGGUUGGUCCAAAUCGCCCCACGCAAAAGACCCAGCACAAGGAUGUGUUGCACCUGGUCAAUUGUUACUGCAAGAACUCCUUUGGCAGGUUGAGCAAAAAGCACUUCAGGUUCAAGAGGAGGAGUUCCAGUCCUGCUUUUCCAAUGGCAUUCUGGGAUACCGUCACCCUCCAGCACACCCGAGCCAACUCGCCCUCAUAUCUGCCUCUGAGCACCAUCAGCUAGAGCGCCUCUGUGGCCGUAUCCCACCAUCACACACUGCCAUUGUACUUUCCAGGCUCCAUGAUCUUUUGGCUCACAAUGACAUUCCUCCCUGGGAGCUGGUUGGUGUCUUCAAGCAAGUUCUUAGGGACUUCCUGAGGAGACAGGAAGACGUAAUGCAGAGACGUCCACCGCCUUCAGCUCCACCAACGAUGAUUUCUACUGCCAUUCCAGCUACAGAGAGUAAUAACAGAAAUCAUAUGACUGAAAAUGCACUGCACAAGUCUUUACCAGAGUCGGGGAAGCAAAGAGAGGAGAUCCCCACUAUAUCUAGUUACGUAGAUAAACACUUGUGUGCUACCUGUCCUUACUCUAUACACCGAGAUUGGAGCCUGCCAUAUUGCCAUCCAUUUAGUUAUGAGGCCUAUAGCACCACAUUGUAAGGGCCACUUCAUUGUAAGAAAAUGAACAUGCCUCUCCUAUGUCCCUUUUUCCACACAUUAAAGUAACGAGUGUUUAAGUUUGAGCAAAUUAGCAUUUUGAAUAGAUAACCUAUUUAAAAGUGAUUAACCACAAAAAAUAAUGACUAUUACAAAUGGAAGAAGAGCCAUAAUAAAUGUGAGCAAUCUUAAAUGUGAGUUACCUUUAUUGUCUUAGUUGCUACCACAGACCCAAAUAUCCUUUCUUUACUCAGUAGCAUUACUAAACCAUUAUCAUAUUCACUGUUGAACAAAAGUACCUUGUCUUUUUUGACAGGUCUGACUGGCAGGUUCGAUUAUUAACAACAUUCUAGAUACAUUUAACAUUCAUAAGCACUGUUGCAGAGAUCUACCUCUAUCUGUCAUCCUAUGUAUUAUGCACAUGUAUUCUGCUACAGGUUUGAUCUAUACAAAUGUAUAACAAAGUUUUCCUUUAUUCAUGAAAACAUUGCAAAAAUCACUAGGUUAACUGUGUACAUUUUCAACAACCAAAUAAAUACAUAACUUUUGGAACCUGCUAUGGUUUCCCGGUGGAAUUACAAUUUUAGAUACACUAAGUUUGUGUUUAUUUAUUUCAAAAAGAUUUUUGCUUUGUGCAGUAACUUUAUAGGGUUUACAGCUAUUGUAAACUGGAAGGAGCUCCGCACACAGACAAUCAUAUACACUUGGAUCAGUCAACCCAGUUAUCCAACCUAAUCUGUCUUUUUUCAGAGUUAUAUUUUUGGAUUACAGAGCAGAGAUUAGCCUGAGGGGAGAGGACUGCACUGCCUUUGCGCAUCAGUUGGUCCUGCUCCCCACACUACCCAUGAACUGCAUGUUUCAUAACUCUCCAAUGCUUUUUAGAGUACACAGGUACAAACUUAUAUUGACUGCAUGUGCAUUUACAGUUCGUGAUAAAACUGCAUUUCUUUCUACUUGUGUUAUAGACAAACAUGGUUUGUGUGACUGUGACAUGUAACAUGCUAAAUGUUAUUUAUUUGCUUCUUUCCCAGUGUUUAUUGUUUG